GCUUUGUACUUCAAACACUCACUUGCUAAAGUCUCUGUCAUAGUGUAUUAUAUGGCACGUUUGUCCUUUUAUUUGGCAUAAACAGAAAAGAGAACAUUUCGUAAUUUUUGGUAACAGUGUUGGUAAGACUGUACUAGAAAAAUGGACAAGUCGGCGUUGUCUGCUUUGCAGAAUGAAAAGCAGAAAAGAAAUGUCCGUGAUGUGGAGCUUUCUCGUCCUCGAAAGUUCUUUACAUCUAAAGAUUUUGGAAUUGUGAUUUUGCUUACAGUUGUUGCAUUCGCUAUCCGAGUUCAACGUUUAAUGAUCCCUUCUAAGGUGGUAUUUGAAGAGUUAAGAUACGUAAAUUAUGCUCUCGAUUACGCGUCAAAUAAAUUUGUUAUGGAUGUUUAUCCUCCUCUUGGAAAAUUAUUGCUCAGUUUUGGUCUAACUUUCUUUAAUUCCGAUCCUAAUCUUGCUGGUGUAAGUUCCACAGGACAGGAAUUUCCUUCCAUUGAAACGGCCAGGCGCCUCCGUCUUAUCGUUGCUGGUUUUGGCUCCCUUUUGAUACCCUUAAUGUAUGGUAAUGUAUAUUUCUCAUCAAACUCCAAAUCUGCCGCUUUCCUAGCCUCCGUUUUUGCUAUGUUCGACAACGGAUUAAUUACAAUGAGUCGCUAUGUUAUGAUUGAAAUUCCCACUUUAUUUUUCAUGGGUUUGACUUCCUUCUGCUGGAUGUAUUAUGAAAAUCAGCAAAAAAAUCCUUUCUCUUUAAAAUGGCACUUGAGUCUUUUAUCUACUGGUAUCAGCCUUGGCCUUGUGAUUAGCACUAAGCUAUCAGGACUGUUUACACUCAUAUGGUUAUUGGUUUUAGCAGUUUUCCAUCUUUGGAACUUACUUGGUGACCUCAGUGUACCUAUCACUCGUAUCAUUCGUUACGGAUUCAACUAUGUAAUCCAUCUUGUGGGUGUCCCUAUGGUUAUUUACCUUGCUGUAUUUACCGUUCACUCAGAAUUAGCUGUGAAGUCUAAUACUUACGAUUCAUUUUUAACUCCUGAGUACAAGUACGCAUUGAAAAAUAAUGAUUUUGGAGAACAAUAUGCAGAUGUGGCAUAUGGUUCAUUGGUGACAAUUCGUAAUGCAAUCCCUGAACAUGGUUACUUGCAUUCAAACGAACUCGUAUAUCCUGAAGGCACUGAGCAACAGAUAGUUUCAUUGACAGACCAUCCCAAUCAGAAUGCUCUUUGGAUUAUCGAACAUGAUAGUCCUCAUCAAAACAACCGUGAAAAUGUCGAACUACUGGAAGACGGCAGCAUAGUUCGUCUUCGCCAUAUCAUGACCGGAAGAGCUUUGCAUUCUCAUGAUCAUCGACCUCUUGUGAGUAACCAUGACUGGCAGUUAGAAGUUUCUGGUUACGGUGGUUUUGGUUUUGAAGGAGAUGGAAAUGAUUUAUUCCGCGUUCAAAUCCUUGAGCGUCCUUCUCGUCAUGCCUCUUCCAAUGGAACAGUUGAAGCAUUAAAUACUUAUUUCAGAUUGAUUCACAUAUUUACCAACUGCGAAUUGAUGACUUCUCAUCGCCGCCUUCCCGACUGGGGCCAAAAUCAUCGAGAAGUUACAUGUUGCAGAAAUUGUAUCGAACGAAGUACAACAUGGGUUAUCGAAUCCAAUUUUCACGAUGCAAUGCCAUCGAAUGCUAGAAGAAUAAAGUACAGAAAGCCGAGCUUCUUUGAAAAAUUUGUAGAAGCGAACAAGUUGAUGUGGAUAAAAGACCGAAAAAUGGGAGACGGACAUGAAUUUGAAAGUCAUGCUUUAACCUGGCCUUUCUUGUUAGGCCCUUUGAGAUUUUUAUCAGAUCAGGGUCGUCAAGUUUAUUUUUUCGGUAAUCCCGUUGUUUGGUACAGUGUGGUUUCUCUGACUCUUUUCUUUGCAUUGGUAGUGCUAUUUUUCAUUGUAAGAUGGAAUAUGGGCUACAAUGAUGAAGGUCCCAAUGUUAAUCACUACUUGUAUAACAUUGGCAAAUUUUCUCUUGGUUGGUUAAUUCACUGGGCUCCUUACAUUUUAGAAACGGAUCGUGUAUUCCUCUAUCAUUACCUUCCAGCCUUGUAUUUUGGAAUAGCGGCGCUUGGUGUGGCCUGGUCAUUCGUCGGAGUUGUAAUCUUAGAACGCCGCCCUGUGUACUCUUUUAUUACAACAGCAUUCAUUGCUUUGAUGAUCGGUGUUUAUUACCUCUACAGUCCUUUUACGUUCAUGACUCCUUUGACCCAGUCGUCAUGUCGUUCUCUUGAAUUGAAGGGGUCUUGGAAUUUCAAAUGCAAUAACUAUAUGGAAUCCUUACACCAAUAUGAUUCUGACAUUAAUAGUCCUGCUUUCUAUGAGCGUGCCGCUCCUCAUCCUUUUGUGUAUAGUGAUGCUGCUGAAAAUUCAGAUUCUGAAGUUCCUCUGAAAGAAAACCUUGGGGUAUAUUAUCCAGUUUGGGAUGCCCAAGUAGAGAUGGGCUACAAGGUUGCAGCUGAGGAAAAGGCCGCCAUGGAAGCGAAAGAGAAUGCUGAACAAGCUGCAUCAGCUGAAUCCACUUCAGUAUCUUCUGAAGAGACUUCAAACAGUGAGUAAUCACAGUAAUUAUGCGAUCAAAGCUCGACGAUAAUAGAAUUCUCGAGUUAAAAGAGAAUUUUGAAGUAACAGAUUGGUUACAGAGCUCCUAUAUUCUGAAUUUACGAUUUUUACUAUGAAAAGUGUGUUUUCCAUUUAUCCCAAAAUAUUAGUUGAUGAAUGGAAACUGUUCUUAUAAAUAUUUAUGUAGAAUUUGGCUAUCUUUUGCAGAUAAACAAAAGGACCGUUUACCUGUUGGUAAUAGGAUGAGUUUUGUUUUUUUUUUCUUUAUGUCUAAUUUUAGACGUGGCAUUAUUACAUAUCUUCGUAAAUGUAAUAUUAUUUUAUUUACUUAUUCUUUUCUAGAAAGGAUGUGCAAUGGUAAGAGAAUAGACUUACAG